AUGAGAUCUGUGCCGAUAGGGGCAGGCCAUACUUCACCAUGUCUUCCUAGAGAGUUUUCUUUCUCCUCGACGGGCAAAAUGCCGAAGGGAAUUACCGUUCACCAUCAGUUGAAGAUUGAACUUGUAGUGGGGGAAGAUGUGUUUCACAAAGACACUGGUAAGCUUGUGGAACGGAAAACUAUGCAGACUAAUGAUAUGUCCUGCGGUUCCUUUGAGUGUUUGUGA